AUGGACGGCUUUCACGUUCUCACGUUUCUCACGUUUCUCUUCCCUGCCCUCCUGGUCCAUUCGGUGACUGCUUCACCUCUCAAAGCAUCGUUAGGUGCUAUAUCUAUCGUCAGAGAGGUUUCAGGGCCCAUAAAUUUGGAGAAUCUUUUCGUGCGACAGAGCGGUGACAUUCUGGUCACGUCUGUCUCGUCACCUUCUAUCUAUCAAAUCUAUCCCGACAACACCACGUCACCUGUCGCCUUGGCGGAAGUGCCGAACGUUACCGGACUGCUUGGAAUUGCUGAGCUGGAGAAAGAUGUGUUCUACGUCGUUGCGUCAAACCUGACUACAUCCGUCAACUCCAACGAAGUAUGGAAGCUGGAUUUGCGUGCUCAAGCGCUAGAAAAUGGCACGGCACACGAUGCAGCCCAGCUAUCGCUUGUAGCACGGUUCCCUUCUGCCCUGCAGCUCAACGGAAUGACGCCACUUGCGAACAACGACACUUCACACGUACUGAUCAGCGACUCCGGAGCAGGGACAAUCUCCUUGCUCAACGUUGACACCGGAGCGUACGGUGUCGUCAUGGCAGACACAACCAUGUCUCCAUUGUCAACAGGUUUCGGCAUCGGCGUGAACGGUAUUCGUAUGAACGGAAAUCGACUCUUUUUCACAAGCUUGGACCAAGGCAUCUUCGCGCAGGUCCCUGUUUCGCUUCAAACAGGGGCCGCCACGGGUCCUGUAGAGACCAUUCUUAACGGGACGCUCCAGCGCGGACGACUUCGCGCUGUCUCUGGAUGGGCGGAAAGCUUGGACCGCUGA